AUGGUGAAACCAACAACUCCCAAACCAUCAGUUAAAAAACAACAGACUAAAGCUCCACUUUCACCGCAAGCUUCUUCUCGUAAGCCAUCCCUCAAAACAGAUAAUAAUAAAACAACAACAGCAGAAGAUAAUAAAUCUAAAUCAAAACUUGAGAAAACUGAAAAAACUGGGAAAGCGGAAAAAUCAGAAAAAUUACAAAGAUCACAAAAAUCUGAGAAUAUUGAAAUAAUUGAAACAAUUAUAUUACAUGUUAAAUGUGGACCUGCUCGAGUUCGUAAAUUACAAAUAUUAUCACAUCAUUAUAAGAUUGCCAAAAAAUUAGAAAUUUAUGUUGGAUCCAUACAACGACGAAAGGAAAUGGUGGGAAUGGCAACGAACACUGGGAUAACAGUUAUGGGUGAACCCGUCGAUUAUUUACUCGCAGGUGAAAGUCAAAAAAUUCCGAUAGAGCAUGUUGACGAAACUUUGUCACGUGUAUCAUCACCCGAAACAUGUAUGGUCCCGGUCAUUCAAGAUAAUCAGUGGAUGAUAAAUAAUAAUCCCAAUGACCAAAGAAAUGUUGCUUCACUUUAUUCAGUUGCAGAUCCUUCCCUCUCUAAUGAUUUCUUAUGUAAUGGUGAAGAGACGGAUCAAUUAAUUGCGGCUUAUAAUAGAGCAAAACAAUCGGCGGUGAAAGUGGAAGAUUUCCAUUUGGCCAAAGUUCUUAAAUAUGCGAUCGAAAUGGUUACAAAGGCUGCCGAAGAUGCAAUUAAACUUGAUGCAUUGAAAAAACAAGCAGUUGAAGAAGAAGAUUUUGAUAACGCUGAUAAAUUUAAACGCGAACUUGAAACAUUGAGAUCAAAUGUUCGUUCUGCAUUAUCAGAUGAAGGAUUGGAAUUAGAUGAAUCAGGAGAAGUGGUUGUAUACGAUUCACAAUUAGCCGAUAUCGUCGGAUUGGCCGAUGAUGCCGAAGAUACUAUUGAGAUUUCUGGAAUUCCCGGAAUUUCUGAUUUUGGACAAAAUAUUCAAAAUGUUCAGAGCACGAUGAUGAGAGAAACUACUGAUUUCCCUUCUGGAAGAGAACAUCAGUAUCAAUCAUUACCAAAGAGUCGAACAAACUCUUCUUCUUCAUUUGGAGGAAAUCGAAUACCAAGAUCUCCCAUAAUGACUCCCAUGACUUCUAUAUUUCCCGUUGAUCAAUUUGAUGAUCGUCCAGAUGAAUUAUCAGAAUUGGAAAGAUCCGCAUUUGCUUUAUCAAUUCAAUACUAUGGUGAAUUUAUUGUAGCUUGUUUCUUAUCAAAAAAAUUAUCUUUACGUGAUGAAGCAUUGGUUGAUAUAACAAAGAGAGUUGAUAUUGUUUAUGGCGAUGGUAAAAAUAUUGAAGAUAUUGAUAAAAUGGGAUUAAUUAAAGCUACUUUCCAAAUCAUACAAGAAGCCAUGAAUGAUAAUCUACCAAUACCUUCAACUUGGAAAUUAGUAGAGCAUACCUAUGAUUUAUUAUUUAUAAAGAUUACAGAUUCAAAUGCACGCAUAAAACAAAGUGCCACAGAUUUAUUUUGUUAUCUUUCAAAAACCUAUCGAAGUUCAAAUUAUUCGAUCAUAUCAUUGGUUCUUAAACCGGCUAAAACUACCAGUCAAGCACUUAAACCCGCAAAAGCAAAAGUUGAAUUGGCUAUAAAAUUGGUAAAAGAAUUUGGUAUUUCUUUAAAUCAAAAAAGUAAUAAAAUGGAUAAAGAUCUUGGUUUGAAUCUUGAGAUCGUUAUGCAAUUUGCUAUUUCUUAUCUUAAUAAUAAUAAUGAAGAAGUUCAUGAUUACGCUGUAAUACUUGUUGUAGAAAUUGUCAAAUUAGUUGGUCGAGAAAAAAUUGAAGGAUUUUUACCUGAUAUUAAACCUAAACUCUUGGAACAUAUUUGGAAUUUAAUUACUGAAUGGGAAGGAAUAACCGGUAAAAUUGCUGGUCAUAUGCCUUCACCACCACCUUCACCUAAAUCUGUAGUUAAUAAUGCUCUUACUACAGAAGAAAAGCAAAUUUCAUUAGAAGAUUUUACUGUGGAUGCAAAUUUACUUAAUCAACCAUUAGCAAAACGUGGAACUGUAACAAGAAUUGAACAACAAUUAAAUGAAUUACGUUCAUUAAUGAACAAUACUAAUAACAUUAUAAAAGAUGAUUAUGAAACCUAUAUUGCUAAUUCUACUAAAAAUAUAUCAAAUAACGAGACGAUAAUAAUAGAGAAUGAAGAAAUUCCUAGUACUUUGCCUAGUGCUCAACCUAGUCGUAGUCAAACUCCUAUUCCUCCUUCCGCCAAACAUACUGAAUCUACUAAUAAAAAACCUAUUACACGUGGAAGUAAAACUGCUGCUGCUACUACUGCAAAUAGUAAAUCUACCAAAAAAUUAAAUGAUAAUACUAAAACUUCUACCUCUAAAACAUCUACGAAAUCCAAUACUACUUCAUCUACCAAAAAAGGCUUAACUGAAGAAACUAAAAAGAGUCCCCGAAAAAAUUCAAAUCCCGCUCCAAUAUCUGAUGCAACACUAUGUGACCAACCUGAUGCAGACAGAUGUUGUAUUUUCUGUGAUGAGCAAAAUGACAGGUUCACCGAAGAAAAUUUGGUAACACAUUAUUGGAAUGAUUGUCCAGUAUUAACCAAUUGUCGUUUAUGUAAUAUCGUAAAUUGUGAUAAGAGGAAAUUUGUAAAACAAUGUCCUCGUUGUCGUGAAGUUAUUGAUGCUGAUGAUUUCUUAGAACAUACUACGAAACAAACAUGUUUAGUAAUAAGGGAUGAUAUAGUUCGUUGUCCACUUUGUAAAACUGUAGUUAAACCUGCUACCGAAGCUGGUUGGAAAGCUCAUUUAUUAGAUCUUAAUGGAUGUCCCAAGAAUCAAGUAUCUUCAAAUGCUAUUGUCAAUAGUAAUGGUGUUAGUAAAAAUAAUAUAAAAUUGGGAAGUGGUAAACGUCCAACAGCAAAAAGUGAUUCACCUAAAGUAUCAUCGACAGCUUCGAAAACUGCAUCAAGUCGAACUAAACUUACUGCAUCUAGUGGAAAAGAUAAAGUCAAGAAAACAACCACUGCCAAAGUUUCGAAAAUUAAGAAAUAA